UUCUUUCCGUUUUAGUGUCAACCUUUCAUGUUCUGUGACGGACAAAUGUUGAGAUUUUGAAGCAUAUUGUUGUGUUGGGCGUUUUUUGUUAGUUAGUUGGUUAGUUUUUAGUGAUUAUGAAUAGGUUUGGUUUGGAGAUUGAGGUGGCAUUGUUUGUAUAAAUUUUCUUGUGUGGGUUUUUGAACGAUUAGCUUUAGAAUGGCUGAAUUACCUCCCAAAAUACCACCCAACAUCACCCAAAACUGGUCUUCUUUUCCUCACGACAAGAUGCCCGCAAUGCCAAACUUCUUUUCCACCACCAUGAACGGUUCAAAUUGUUCAAUCCAACACCACGCCUCUUGGGUGGACGAGUUUCUCGACUUCUCUUCCGCCCGUCGUGGAGCUCACCGACGUUCCAUGAGCGACUCUGUAGCCUUCCUCGAGCAACCUUUGGUGGUGGAUGAAUGCAGGGACUCCGAUGCCAUGAUGACAACGACGAGGACUAAAGAGACGAAUAUGUUCGAUCUUGUCGACGACGACCAGCUCUUGUCCUUGUUCUCCGACGAUGUCCCCGUCACCAUGGCGGCGCCCACGUUAUCCUCUUCGAACCCUUCGACACCGUCUGAUCAAAAUAGCAACAAUGACGGGAAACCAACACCGUCAAUGGAUCUGCAACAACCUAAAAAUGAACCGGGGGAGGUCGAGAGCUCACGCAAAAUUUCCUCUGCGGAAGCUGCAAAAGCUCCAACACCAUCCUCCAAUGGCGAUGCUACCAUCAUUGAUCCCAAAAGCGUUAAGAGAAUUCUGGCAAACCGGCAGUCAGCUCAAAGAUCAAGAGUGAGAAAGCUUCAAUAUAUUUCACAGCUAGAAAGAAGCGUUUCAACGUUACAGAGUGAAGUGUCAGCAUUAUCACCAAGGGUUGCAUUCUUGGAUCAUCAAAGGUUGAUUCUCAAUGUUGACAAUAGUGCUUUGAAACAAAGGAUUGCUGCUUUGGCUCAAGAUAAAGUUUUCAAAGAUGCUUAUCAAGAAGCAUUGAAAAAGGAAAUUGAGAGACUAAGACAAGUCUAUCAACAACAACAAAAUCUAAAGAACAUGCACACCACAGCCACCAACCACUGCCCUACACCGCCACCACAACAACAACCGUCGUCUCUGCCGUCACCGUCAAAAAAUGAAGACUAACUUCAUCAAACGAACGGAGAGAGCUAGGGUUAAAAAAUGAUUUAACAUUUUUGUGUAUUAAUCCUUUGGGAAGAAGGGUUUUGGUUUUUGCUAAUUUUUAUAUAUUUUUAAUUUAUAAUAAUGAAGAUAGUUAACCUUUUAUUGGGGGGGGGUUUUAAAAAUUGUAAUUAAAUGGGAGGUAAGACUUGUGGAGAUUUUAAGGUGUGGGGUUGCUUUGGGAUGCAUGAAAAAAGUUCUUUUUGUCAGAGACAACUGAUUUUUACUGUCUGAUUGCUUGUCUGAAAAGAAGAAGAUAAAAAGAAU